GUAUGAAUACAAGCAAGAGUGAGACAGUGAAAGAGCAUCCAUUAAAACCCUCUAGAAGAUCUAUGCCAUGCCUAGCCCAGAGCCAAACACAUCCUCAGAGUCUGAGCAAGCAUUCGUCGUUUCUGCAACCAAAUCGCGUGCAGCCUCAGCCUCUAAGUGCAGGGACAUCUACAGCUGCCGUGGAUGUAGUGUCAGAACGAGCUAAAGUGAUGGAGACUUUGGAAAACAACUUGCUUAAGCUGUCUAAUACAGAAUACAGUGAUCCGUUUUUAG